AUGAAAGUCCCUACUCGUUAAGGGCCGACGUCACACAGAAGUUGCUACUACCUUUAAAACGAAGAAACUAAAAAUUGAAUUCUAAUGUCUACUCACUAUAUAUAAUUAGCGACAAGAGGACCAAUUUGAGCGUUCUAUUGAAUUUUUUUUUAGUAAACGGGUGGAGAGACGAGGUCAUUAUGCGGGCAUGCUACACAUGAAGAUUGGGGUCAUGUUCGAAAAGGGAGAAUUAAGCUUCCGUGUUGACUCAAGAAACAAAAAUGGCUGGAGAAUUGUUUGUUGCGUUGCUUGUGUUCAUCGGGAUUUUCUAUGUUAAAGGUUUAUCGAUGUGUUCCCAUGGUCAAGUAAGGGGAAGCUUCAUCCUCAUCAACAGUAGAUCUUACAGUCAAGCAGUCACCUGUAGCUGUACCUUCAGAGUGGAGCAGGCGGGGUUCAUAACCGCAGCCACGGCAACUGUACCGGAAACGGAAGACUGUAAAAGUCAAGUUGUUCUGGAUUAUCACACGGAAAGACUAAUCCAAUGUUCUAAAUUGCCUACUUACUUAUUUCAAGCAAAGCAGAAUUCAACGGGGACUAUAUCCUUUAGAACUAUGUCGAACUCCCACGGAAAUACGAAGUACUCCUUGCGGUUUUGUGGACCAAAACUGUACUUUGUCUGCCAUGAUGGAGAACAGAUUCUGGAAACAGAGAGACCAGCAAACAGCACAAGACAAAGCACACCUCUUAUUGAAUCUACCCCUCAAACAAACGGACCAGGUGAGACUAAUGUAGGGGGUAUCACAGCAGGGGUCGUGGUUCCGGUUUUACUAGUCGCUGUUCUUACCUUUGGAGUUAUUGGGAUUGUACGGAAAAGAAGACGACGCCAUGAAACUGAGAAAUCCACAGUUUUACGUUCACCUUUGCCAUCGAUUGCCAAAGAGGUUGAGGAGUCGGUAAAAGUAGUUACACUUAAAGACAGCACCGGGCCCACCAGCUCUAAUCAGGAAUCACUAUAUCACGUGAUUGAGGACGAAGAUGGCUACCUUACAUAUCCUGUCAAAGAUAGGGAGGGAAUCACGAGAUACUCAAAAACUCCUACAACCUAUAAUAACGUACAGAGAUUUAUUACAGACGAAGAAUGCGACAAUGUCAACAACGCGUAUUUGGAUGUCAUUAAGUGAAACGACAUUUUGUUUCUUUUUUUGGUUGUGUGUGUAUAUAUUUUGUCUGUCUUAGAUAUUUGGGUUUUUAUUAUCCAGUGUGUUCUACGGCGGUCACAAUGCUACUAUUCAUUUGAAUUUAUCAAAGCGAUAUUUGGCCUAGAUCUAUCAGAUAUGAUAGAUUUUAGAUGUAUAUGCAGUUACAUGUACAAUGUAUUUGUCGCAGUAGCGUAUAUAAAUUUUUUUUAUUUGAUUAUAUUACUGAUGUUGUUGGUCCCCUAUUAUUGAAUAGCAAAUCAGUUGAAAUGUCUUUAUCUGAAAAAUUAUGUACACGCAAUAUUCACGCUUGGAAUAGGACGUGACUUUGCAUAUAUAGAGGGAACUCAAAGACUUGUAGCUAAAAUUCUGCAUAAGUUUGCAAUAUUUCCAUUACAUUGGGCAAAUGAAUUUAUAAAUAAAAUUAUUUUGUUCUUUUGCAAA